CAGCACUGUGAGCUAAUAUCGGAACCAUCUGCGUCAAACUAUUAAACAGCCUAAAGUCCAUGAAACUAGCAGUCUUCAAUCGUCAAUGGCACUUGCAUGUAUGCAUUAAUUACCAAUUGAUUAUCGACGACGUCAGUGUUUAUGUUUUGUACGAGUUUAUGGCUAUUCUAUUUGGAUGAUAAUUUUAAGACUAGCACAUUCCUGCGUGGAAGAAGAAUACUUUAAAUAUAAUAAUAAUUAUAACAAAACACUGCACAUUACUUGACAUGAGCAUAAUGAGUAACGCUGCGCUACUUAACCUGCAAAAAGAAGUCGAUGUCAUCCAAAACGGUGACAAUUUACCCGAGAGCAGUCAUGUUGUGACAGCAGAGUUCACGGGCGAGUAUGAGCCAAAUGAUGUCAGUUACUGCGAAGAAAUUAUCAUCUGCGACACAUCGGCAGAUAAUAUGGACAAUGAGAAUGAUCAAGUGUCGAAUGAAAUCGAAUGCCUCGAUCCUUUGCACAUUCCAACCGAGCUUGAAGUUCCGGUACAAAAUUGAUGACCAAUUCACCGAUGGUGACUAUAGAAGGAAACGACCCCAAAACGACAAGGUACGUUUGGGGUGGUCACAUAUACACAAGGGAAGGAGAUUCAACAUCGUUCAUUUGCUGUAAUCGACAAGUCAAUCAAUGUAAAGGUAGAGUUCUAGUGAGAAAUGGCACGGCUGACGAAGUUGAGCCACACAAGCAUUCGAGAAUCAUGAGCAAGAUCUUUGCAGCCGAAAUAGCAAAGAAGUCAAUGCUCAUGAGGGCAAAAUCUCAACUUUCGGUCAGUCUUCGCACCAUUUAUGACGAUGCUUACAAGAGAACACCUGCGCUGACCUCGUUUUACAGUUAUGAGGCCAUGAUGAAAUUAAUGAUGAAAGCCAGGUAUGGGACGUAUGCAUGCCACGAGCCGAUACACAGGGUGAAUUUUGAUAUUGACUGGGCAAAAGACUGGGCGGAAGAGGUCCCGGGACGAAAGCCAAAAAUAUUAUGCAAGAUGUGCCAAGAGUACAUCUUUUCUCCAUCGUCAUCUAAGUUGAUUCGUCAUCUUCAUUCCAAGUUACACACCACUAAUGCAGCAAAGCUUACGGAUGUUUCAAAAAAACAAAAGAGAAGGCGCCUAGAUAACUCGGAUUCCACAGAUAACGACGAAAUACUGAAAAGACCGAAGAUGGCCGACAGUCCGGUGUUUGAAAAAGACCUCAAAGUCGUCGUAGAGCCACCGCAACAGAAACGCAAAGAAGAUCUCAAAAACGCAGAUCAGAAAAAUUUACAUAAUAUAGCCGUAAGAAGACAAGAGUUCAUCGAUCAUCUGCUAUUUGUAAAAGAUCCUGUAGAGCCACUGCACCAGAAACGAAAAGAAGAUUCCAAAAGCACGGACCGGCAAAUUUCACAAAAUAAGCGCCGGGAUGAUGCUGACGGCCCGUCUCGUUAUCCGAUAAUGAAGCAACAGGAGUUCGCCGAUCAUCUGGCAUUUGCAAAAGAUCUCGUCGAGCUACCGCAACAGAAACGCAAAGAAGAUCCCAAAAACGCGGAUCAGAAAAUUUUACUGAAAAAGCACCAAGACGAUGCUGACCACCUGAAUAAUAAUGAGAAAUUAAGGAAACAAGAGAUUGUAACUCAUCUGAUGCUUCCAAAAGAAUUCGUAGAGUUGCCGCAACAGAAACGCGAGAAUAGUCCCAAAAUUCCGGAGCAGAAAAUAGUAGAGAAAAAGCGGCAGAACGAUGCUUACAAUUCGAUUAAUUAUAAGAAAUUGAGGAGACAGGACACCGUCAAUCAUAUGGCAUUUGCAAAAGAUGUUUUAGAGCGACCGCAAGAAAAACGUGAGGAAAAUUUCAAAAACGUGGACCAGAAAAUUAUAGAGAAAAAGCGGCAGAACGGUGCCUACCCCCCGAUUAAUUAUGAUAAUUUAAGGAGAUACGACAUCGUCAAUCAUAUGGCGUUUGCGGAAAAACUCGUAGAUCCACUGCAACAGAAACGCGUGGAAAAUCCCAAAAACGGGGAUAAGAAAACUAUAGAGAAUAUGCACGAGGACGAUGCUGACCGCCGGAUUAAUUAUGAGAAAUUUAGGACACAGGAGAUCGUCGAUCGUAUGAAGUUUGCAAAAGACUUUGUGGAGCAAACACAACAGAAACGCGAGCAAAAUCCCAAAAGCAAUGACCAGAAAAUUUUAGAGAAUAAGCACCGGAACGAUGCUGAUAACCCGAUUAAUUACGAGAAAUCAGGGAGACAGGAGAUCGUCGUUCAUCCGACGUUUGCAAAAGAACUCGUAGAUUUGCCGCAACAGAAACGCGAGGAAAAUCCAAAAAACUUGAACGAGAAAAUUUUAGAGAAUAAGCACCGAAACGAUGCCAAUGACACGAUUAAUCAUAAGAGAUUAGGAAGACAGGAGAUCGUCGAUCAUUCGACAUUAGCAAAAGAACUGGUAGAUCCACCGCAACAGAAACACGAGGAAAAUAUCAACAACGAUAACCAGAAAAUUUUACAAAAAAAAUGCCUGGACGAUGCUAACCGCCGGAUUAAUGAUGAGAAAUUGAAGAGACGGGAGAUCGCCGAUCAUCCGACGUUCGGAAAAGAAGUCGUAGAUCCACCGCAACAGAAACGCGAGGAAAAUCGCAAAAACGAGGAUCCGAAAAUUUUACGAAAGAAGUGCCAGGAAGACGCGAAAUGCCCGAAUAUUUAUGUGAAAUUGAGAAGACAGGACAUCGCCGACUAUCUGGCGUAUAAAAAAAAACUGACAGCGCAACCGCAACAAGAACGCAAAGGAGAUCCCAAAAAAGCGAAACAGGAAAUUUUAGAGAAAGAGCACCGUGACGAGGCUAGCGGCACGAAAAACGAUGAGAAAUCAAAAGGAUCGAACAUCACCGACUGUCCGACGUCUGAAAAACAUCUCGUAGAGCCACCGCAACAGAAAAACCAAGAAGCUCCCAAAACCACGGACAAGAAAAUAUCGAUCGAGAGCCGCAUGCCACAAUCGACAUCGCAAAUCAAAAUUAAGACCGAAAAUAGUUCGGAACCUACGAUAUCCGCACAAGUUGAUCCGGACCAAAAUAUAUCGACGGAGAGCAGCACAGCGCAAUCGAUACCACAAAUCAAAAUCAAGACUGAAAAUAGUUCGAAACCUACGUUGUCCGUACAAGUUUUUGAACCCAGUACAGGUCAACCGUCAUCGGGGCUUGAUGUAACGUUACACAUGCUGGGAAAUGGCAUCUGGAAUUUUAUUGACAAAAAGAACACCGAUCGGUUCGGUAUAUGCAGUGAUUUCUCCUACGGUGAAAACGCAGAUGUCGGUUUCUACAAAUUGAACCUCGAUAUUUAUUCCUACUACACCGAACGGGGGCAAAAGUGUCUUUAUCCGUACAUCGAGAUACCUUUCGAAGUUGAAAACGCCAACGAGUCGUUCGAUUUUCGUAUCCAAUUGAGUCCUUUCGCAUACAACGUUUGUGGAAACUCGAAGAGUUGAACCGCUGCGCAAAGUCAUAGAAUUUUGAGAUUUAGCGGUGAGCAAAGGAUCGUCCAUUCAAACAAGACAUCUUUGAACGAGGUGACAAUGCUAAUAAAUCGCGAAAAACGAGCUUCCAAGACGAGUUUCACUCUCAUUUUGUGAACAAUCUGCGACGAUAGAGCUAUAUUAUUGAGCAAGGUGGGGAUACGGUCGAAGUACAGAGACUAGAGGCAACUAAAAAUAAAAAUUCUCUUGGCGUCGUGUAUCUGGGAUUGAAUUUUUGGAAAAAACGACGAGCUGGACAUUCUUAGAACAACGGUAACACGUCGCUGGCUGUGACUCAUUACGUUUCAAAUUUGCGCAAUACUCAGAUGACGUUUCUUUUAUUUAUUUUUGAAUGCUAACUAAAUUUUGAAUUCAUCCGAAUUUAUUGCCAAGUUCCUGGAUUUCAUUUCAAUUUCAUUAGCUUAUCCAGUUGUCAGACCUUUAAGCACCAAAUCAUUCAUUUUAUGACGUAUAAAAAUUGCCAGAACAAAAUAAGGUGAAAUUUGUCAGUAUUAGUAAAUAAUUUUUUCUCAACGUUGACGUCGCGUUGAAACGUACAUUUUAUUUUACUUUACGUAACAUUACGGUUAUCACGCAUAGCCGACAUUUGUUAGCAUACUCACACAGAGGUCUAUUUUAAUCGAUUAAUACGACUCGUGCGUGAGCGGUGCUGACUGAUACAAAUAUAAACUUUCGUCGUGUACGAAAAAAGUUGUCCAGUUGUGUACGUGCAAAGAAGCUCGUGCUCAUUUUUCCGACAGAUUUUACCCGACAUUAUACAUAUUGUGUUGGUUUUUUCGUAAGUUGAAAAAAUAUACUCUAAUUGCAAGAGUUUCACAGUUUCCUUGUUCAUUCAUCUUCCAACGCGUGCAUAACAAUUUGUAUACGCAAGAUGAUUACUCUAUUAUGAUACAUAUACAUCUAUUUUGCAGAAAGGUUGGCAAAUUUUAUUGCGAAAAUAUCUAAAGUUAAACGUAGCAAAGUUAUGAUACCGAGUAACGGGCCAAGUAGAAGACAAGUAGAAUAAACGUUCAGCCUAUUAAGAGAAAAA